CUAAAUUUGACCAGGAACACUCACCUAUACCAACACGUUUCAAUCUCUGCAAGUCCCAACAGUGAACGAGCCAAUUUUCAUCCGAAGUCAUUUCUUGUGCUGUACUCUAUCAAUAAAUACUACUGGACGUUAAAGCACCUCAAGGCUGUGCGUUGGGCAGCGUCUUUCCACCGACCUAUGUACGCAGCGCCUUUUGCGUGAGGCCUGCUGCGGCGAUGUUGUCAUCAGGACGGUGGAAAUGAGUUCAAACGCUCAUGCGCGAGUUUAAACGCUCAUGGGCGUGCUGCUAUAGCAAUGCGCCCCGAGAGGUUGGGCUGCCCUACCGCGCGGCCAGCAGAGCCGCGGUGGGGGGCAACGCGGAGCUGGAGCAAGCUCACACAGCUCUUGGUGCCCUUGGCGCUAUUUGUCGUCGGUUUCCUGCACGGCGGUGCGCGUGCGGGCAAGUCGCGGCCCUGGUGCACCUCAGGCGUGGGGCUGUGCCGCGAUGCGCCCGCCACGCCGCGCUUUGACCACUCCAUGGUGGCCGUGGACGACAAGGUGUAUGUGUACGGCGGGCGGCGCAGCGGCAGCGCCUUCACAGGCAUACUGGCGGGCGACAGUGUGGACGUCAUGGACGUGCGCACGCUGUCCGUCAUGCAGCUGGAAACGCCGGGCUCGCCGUACGCGCGCGCCGGCCACGGCAUGGCGGCCUGGGGCAGCGGCCUGCUCGUCUUCGGCGGCGCCACCAACAGUUUCGCGCCGGACAGCACCGCCGCGGGCGCCGGCGGCGCCGCCACCGGCGCCAACGCCGCCGCGCCGCUGCUGAACGACGUUGCGCUGCUGGACCGCGGGACGCUGGAGUGGCGCAGCCUGGCGCCGUACCUGCCGGCGGCGGGUGGCGGCGGCGGCGGCGGCGGCGCUGUCGCGCCGCAGCCGCGGGCUCGGGCUGCGGUGGCGGUGUCUGGUGACGUGUUGGUGGUGGUCGGCGGCAAUGUGGCGCCCAGCGCGGACACGCCGCGAUUGCUGUCGGACGUGUGGCGCUUCAACCUGACACGGCGGUCCUGGAGCGGCCCGCUGCAGCUGCUCAGGUCGUCCGAUGCGGCGGCGGCCAUGGCGGCAGAGGACGCCGCCCUGACCGCAGUGCCCGGACUGCCCGGCGUGCUACUGCUGUACGGCGGCCGGGCCUGGGACAACAGCAGCAGCAGCGGCAGUAGCAGUAGCAGCCGGGGGUGGCGGUCGCAGAACCGGCUGCUACUGCUCGACACCCGAACCUCCCCCGCCGCCGCCUUCACGCUCGGCGCCGACUUGCCGCCGCCAGGCGGCAACGCCGCCGCGCCUGCUGGGAACGGCACGACAGGCGUGAACGGCACUAUGACCGGCCUUGGCGGCAACACGGGCGGCCGGCCGCCGCCGCCGGCUCACGACGUGCGGCUGGACUGGCAGGGCGGCGACCUGCUGAUCUCUUGUGCCGGCGGUUGGGCGGCUGCAGGGCCGUUGGCGGCGUACAGCGCAGAUGCUGAGUCGGACUUGAAGCGCUGGUUCGCAGUGUAUCGGAUCCAGGGGCUGCUGAAUCAGAUCCAGGCCGAGCUGUACGAAGUCCAGGGCGGCGGCGCCUAUCCCUCGGCUGCGGCGGUUGUAGUAGAAGCGGCGACGACGGCCGCGGUGGCGGCGGCGGCGACCGCCGCGGCGGGGGCGGCGCGGAGCGCCGCGCUCGCGCGGAACAGCAGCGCGGCCGCCGCGGCGGCGGCGGGCGCGGUGGCGGCGGCAGCGGUGACGGCGGCGGACGUGUCGGCGGCAGAUGUGGCGGCGGCGGCAGCGGACCUGGGUCUGGUGCUGCUACCGGACCUGUGGCGUGGUCUGGUCCGAGAGCACAUCUACGUGUCUGGUCUGGCGUCGGACACCAUGGCACGGCUGAUGGCCGCCCACUCCGUCUACUUUUCUGCGCUGGCGAGCAUUCCCGCAGCCGCCGGCGUUACGCCCCUCAACGGCAGCACGAACGGCACCAGCAGUUACACCAACGGCACCAGCUUGAACAGCACCAAUAGCAGCAUAGUAAGCAGCAGCGAUGACGCGGCGGCGGCCGCCAUUCGGGCUGGCGCGCUAGCGAACGCAACGGCCGCGAUGCCCGCGGGCCUGGGGCCGCUGUGGAAUGCGGCGCUGGGUGGCGGCGUGCUGGACCUUGGGCCGGCCGCGGGGCGCGUGGCGGACGGCAGCGCACUAGGCGACUCGGACUUAAGCUUCGUCAAACAGGCGCGCUGGGUGCUGCUGGGCGGGCGCAUACUGAUGCACGGCGGCGUGCAGGGCCCGCUGGGGUCUGCCAAGGUGUCCCGGCGCACGCACACGCUGGACCUGGUGCGGCGGCAGGUGGCGUGGCUGGACAUCUCGUCCAAGCCGCCCUACUACGAAUCCGGAAUCCAGACGGCCUCGCUGCGGACCAUGCUUCUGGUGUCGCCGCCGGCACCCGUGGUGGACCCCGUGAUGGCUACAGCCGCCGGCCUGCUGCCGCCGCUACUGCCGGCGGCGGCAGCCACAGCUGCUACAGCCGCUACAGCCGGCGGCGGCAACAGGAGCUACGUCUCUGGCGCCUGGGGCGCAGCCACCGCGUCGGCUGUAGCAGCCGCCGCCGCCGCGGCUGGCAGCCCUACGCUCAGGUUUGCAGUCGGCGGCGCCAACAGCAGCUACAGCCUGACCAUCAACACCACGGCUACUACAGCCAACGCGGCGGCGCUGCUGCUGGCGGCUGCGGACACGGCUGCUGCGGGCGUGGUGGACCAGCACCUCGUGUUCCUGGGCCUCAUGGACGCCUUCUCAGGCCAGGAGCCGGAGUUUAGUGUGAUGUACCGGGCCAGUGUGGCGCGGCAGGACAUCACGUACACCUGCCGCGUGCCGCGCAGCGGCGCGCCCUCCGCCGCCGACGCCAACUGCUUCAUUGUCUCCGCCGCCGCCGAGAAGCAACUGCCCUCGCGGCGCGACUUGUACGGCGCCGCCGGCCUGAUGUACAUCUACGAGGGCAAUACGACAGAGUACGACUUCACGCUGACCACGGACCUCGUACUGCUGUACGGCGGGCAGAUCGCGACGGGCGCGUCACGUGGCGGCGGCGGCGGCACCGCCGCCGGAACGAGCGGUGGCGGCGGCGGCGAGGGCGACGCCGACGGCAGUUUUGAGGCGGUGCUGCAGAGCCCGCCACCGCCGGCGCCGUCAGCGGCGCCGCGGCCGCCGCCGCCGGUGCCGCCAACGCCCGCCGCGCCGACUGCGUCGGCUGACGGCAACAGCACUGGCGGCGGCUCUGCCGGCAGUGACGUGAACGGCACACAACCUGGAUCGCCAACGCCGACGCCUGUGUCAAUCAACGGCAACCAAAGCUCCACAAACACCUCUCGCAGCACGACGGCAUCGCCGACGCCGCCCAUGUUUCCGCCGCCGGCCGCAGCGCGGCGGCAACUCCACACAGCCCGGGCCCUGCAGCAGGCCAGCCAGCCUAACGGUGCGGGCGCGGGUGCGGGCGUGGAUACGGGUGCCAUGACAGCAGCGCAGCCGCCGGCGCAACCGCCGCCGCCGGCGCCAAGUGCACCGUGGGGUAGCCAAAGCGACGGCGCUACGGGCUCGUCGAGCGGCGGUGCUGGUCAGGACACGACCAUAUGGAAUGGAACGGCCGCCACUACCCCGCCACCGGUCGCGCUCGCGACGCCGCCGCCCGCCGCGCCCACCAGUCCGGCACCGGCAUCGCCCUUCACCUCCACCGCCGCCAGCCCAUCACCGCCGCAAGCCCCGCCCGCCUCUCCGUCGCCCUCCCCUUCCCCGCCUCCUGUCCCCGUCCCCACCACCUCCCCUGCCUCAUCGGCCUCCCCUGCCCCAACCACCUCCCAACCAACCGCCUCACCAACCGCCAGCACGCCCUUCCUAACUAACGGCUCAACCGCCGGCACGUACAUAUACGGCGGCGCCUACGUGGCCACGUGGCAGCCCGCCGCCGGCCCCCGCAUCUCGGCCAGCCUGCCGCCCGCCACCGCCGGUUACGUUUUUGAGGCCGUACGUAACGCCAACGGCAGCGGCGACGUACACUCGCCGGGGCCGCGCAGCGGGGCGGCGCUGGUAGGCGCGGGCAACACCGAGAUGCUGCUGUUUGGCGGGCUGAGCUUGGAUGAGCGCGGCAAUGUGGUGCUGAUGAACGACGUGCACUACCUGCGAUACACACCCAACCUGGACCCGGGCCGUGUGUCCACCGACCCCACCCUGCUCUCCCCCGUCCCCGAGCCCUGCCCGCCCGGUGAGCGCUGCGUCAGCUGUCAGCGCAGCCGCGCAGCCUGCACCGCCGCCGCCGUCGCGGCGGCAGCGGCGGCUGCCACCGCCGCCACGCCGCCGCCGCCGCAACGCAGCAACGGCACCGCCGGGGGCGCAGCACCUGGCAGCGGCCGCCGGCGGCUGCGCGAGUCACAGCGGGACGCGAGCGUGGACGCGCAGCACUCGUCGGCAGCAGCCCAGCAACAGCCACAGCCACAGCUACAGCUACAGCUGCAGCAGGGGUUGCCACGGCGCUACAACGCGCCGCAGCCAGGCGAAGAGCCACGGCAGCGCAAGCCGCAGCCGCGCAAGCCGCGGCAGCGCAAGCCGCGGCCGCAGCCCUGGCUCCGUCGCCGCAAGGCGCAACAGCAACAGCAGCCACAAUCGCAACCGCAACAACAGGGCCCUACCGCCGCCACGCCCUCCGGCUCGGCGCUCUCGUCCUCCUACUAUGACAUGGGCGGCGACGGGCCCUUCGGCACCACCAACACCGGCCCCAACGCCCGCGCCGACGCCGCGCCCUUCCCCACCGCGCGCGCGCUGCCGCCCGGCUAUGCCUACGUGGUUGCCAGCACGGGCAAGAGGGCGCGGGCCUCCAGUCAGUAUGACGCGGCUGAGGCGCCGGCGCGCGGCGCGGCGGGCAAUGCCGUUGACGGCAACCUGGCCGACCGGCGCUACGAGCAGGGCUCCUGCGCACACCUGGACCUGAGGGCCGACAGCCUGUCCCCGCGCAACGCCAGCUGGUGGUACGUGGACCUGGGCCGCGCCACGCCGGUGGACUACGUGGCCCUGUGGAGCCGCGCCGACUGCUGUGGCAGCGCCGACACCGGGUACAAGGACCGCAACAGGGACAUAGAGGUCCGUGUGGGCGACGUGGAGCCGGGCUCCGCCGCGGACGGCCCCGCCGGCGCCGGCGCCGCCAACCGGCUGUGCGCUGGCGGCGUGUGGGUGCCUCAGGGCGGCCGCGGCGUGGCGGACUGCGGCGGCGCACUGGGGCGGUUCGUGGUGGUGCGCAAGCCCUACCCCGACUACCUGGCCCUGUGCGAGGUGCAGGUGUGGGCGCACACCAAGCCCUUCCCCUACGACCAGGGCCACUACCUCACCUCCUUAGAGCUGCUGCCCGCCGCGCCGCCGCGCACCCCCGCCUUCCCGCCGCCGCGCCACCGCGCCGCCGCCGCCAUGCUGCGACCGGGGGCGGCGGCGCGCUACCCCGCCGGCGCGCUGGUGGUGUUUGGCGGCACGUCCGACCCAGAUGACGCCGACCCCGCCGCGCUGCUUGGCGACCUGUGGGUGAUGGACCUGGCCGGCCACACCUGGGGCCGCGUCACCGCACAGGGCGUGGCGCCCGCACCCCGCAGCACGGCGGCCAUGACCUCGGCGGCCUCGCAGAUCUAUCUGUCGGGCGGGCUGUCGUACGCGGGCGGGCGCUGGAUCCAGUCCAGUGACAUCUACGGCCUGGAUCUGGGGCAGCCCACACUGGUGUGGACGGUGCAGCAGGCGUCGACCACGUCCAGCGGCAGCACACGGCAGGACGGCACCGGCAGCGGCGCCGCCUCGCAGCGCGCCGGCGGCAGCAGCAGCGCCGUGGUGAGCAACCUGGUGCUGACGCGGCAGCCUUCCCGCCUGGCCACCAGCACCCAGGCAGACCUGGUGCUGGUGCCCACGCCAGGCACGGUGUCUGUCUCCACGCCUGGCCCCACUGAGCUCCUGCAGGCGGUGGCCGCCAUGUCGGACGGCGACCUGCUGUCCGUCCAGGCGCCGCGGGGCCACGUGGUGCGGCUGCGCUCCACACUCGUCGUCUCCUCCGCCGCCAUCAUCGCCUUCGAACCAACCGACAACGGCGGCAGCAGCAGCGGGGGCGCGGGCCGAAGGCGGCUGCAGCAGGCGGCGGCGAGCAGCAGUAGCAGCGGAGGUGGCGGCAGCAGCAGCGGUGGCAGUAGCAGCGGGGUGGGUGGAGGGGAUGCGGGCGCGGUGCUGGAUGAGGGCUCGCUGCUGGUCCUGGACUGCGGCGGUCUGGAGGUGGGGGUGCUGGUGGAGUCGGCGUCCGUGGUGCUGCAGGGCCUGGCUGUGGUGGGCUGCAGCCAGGCCGGUGUGCUGGUGCGCCGGCCCGUCAGCGCCUCCGCCGCCCUGGCGGACGAGCCCUCGCUCACCGUCACGGACUCGCAGUUCGCGAACAACAGCGGCAGCGGCAUCGUCAUGGAGGCGGGCUCGUUGUCGCUUGUGAACGUGAUGCUGUCAAACAACUCGCGGUCGGGGUUGCUGGUGCGCGCGGGCGCCGUGGUGCGCGACGUGGUCGCCAGCACCUUCAGGGGCAACCGCAACCUGAUGCCCGGAGACGGCGCCGCCGGCCCGACCCCGGAAGGCAGCAGCAACAGCUCUGCAACUCCCAGCAGCAGUAGCAGUAGCAGCGGCAGCGGCAGUAGCAGCAGUAGCAGUAGCAGCAGUAGCAGCAGUAGCAGUAGCAGCAGUAGCAGUAGCAGCGGCAGUAGCAGCAGUAGCAGUGGCAGCAGCCUGGCGGUGCUGACGUCAGAGUCGCUGGCGGCGGCGGCGGCUGGGCGCGGCGGCGGUCUGUAUGCGGAGGCUGGGUCGCAGGUGCUGGCCAUGACGGGCGUGCUGUUCGUGAACAACACGGCCAGCACCGGCGGCGGCUUCUCACUGCAGAGCCUGGACCAGGCCUCGGCGCUGUUCACGGACCUGGUACUGGCGGGCAACGCCGCGGCGCGAGACGGCGGCGGCGCCGAGCUCUCCAACAUGCGCACAGCCGCCUUCGCGUUCGUGGGCGGCCGCGUGGAGGCCAACUCGGCGGCGGGCACGGGCGGCGGCAUCUCCCUGUCCGACUGCAUCCUGCCCAUCUCCUUCACUGGCACCGCCUUCGCCGGCAACGCCGCCGGCGGCACUGGCGGCGGCCUUGCAGCCGACCUUGUCCGUCGCCUGGACCUGAGCCGCUGCCGCGUCAGCCGCAACGUUGCCGCCGGCGGCGCUGGCGGCGGCCUGGCCGCUGACACCAGCGGCUCGAUCACGGUCUCUCGCUGCCGCCUGGUCGCGAACGCGGCGCUCCAGGGUGGCGCCCUGUUUGGCGGCGACAACGUCGGCGUUGGCGUCAGCAACAGCGUCUUCAUUGGAAACAUGGCGGUUGCGGCGGUUGGCGGCGCCGCCGCCGUAACCGCCGCCGGCGGUGCGGGCGCCGGCGGCGCGCUGCUGUGCGCGCGCUGCGCGCGGCUGGCGCUGACGGGCAGCCUGUUUGCUUCGAACGCGGCGUGGCAGCGUGGAGGCGCGGUGGCGCUGAUGCAGGCGCGCGGCGCCAGUCGCGUGUCGCAGUGCACCUUCACAAACAACACCAUCGUGACGGGGCUGCCGGCGGCGGAGGAGGCGCGGCUGGCGACGGCGGCGACGGCGUGGGUGCUGGGCACCCGGCCCGCCUCCGCCAGGGCCAUUAUGGCAGCAGCGGCGGCACCGCCGCCGCCGCAACGGCAGCAGGCCGCUUCAGCGCCCACCGCAGCCUCUGAUGCGGCGCCUUCGUCUGCUCCCAACUCCACGACACUGCCCACGGCGGCGGGGGGCUCUGCGUCCGCCGCCGCUUCUUCGGAUGAGUCGCUGGCAACCGACAGCACCGGCAUCAACGCGGACGCCGGUGGCGCGAUGGCGCUGCUGCUGUCGGUGGAGCUCGAGGUAGCAGACUGCGACUUCGUGUCAAACACGGCACGUUCGGGGGGCGGGCUGUAUGCGGCGUGGGACACGGGCGUGCAGCCGUACGGGGCGCUUACGCUGCGGUGCGCCACGUUCGGAGGGAACGCGGCGCGCCGCGGCGCCGGCGGCGCCGUGUUUACACACCAGCCCGCUGCAAUGGCGCUGUUGUGCGGAGCUGGCGCGAACCCGGGCUCGGGUGCAGGCGCGAGCGCGAACGGUGUCGGAGGUGGAGGUGCUGGGGGCAAUGGCAGCAGCGGCAACAGCGACGGCGGAGGCAUGUUGGCGAAGUGUGGCGGCGUCAACGGCACCGCAACCGCCGCUGCCGCCGCGGCGGCAGCGCUGCAAGAUGCCGGCAACGUGGACGGCAGCAGCAGUGAGAGCGGCAGCAGCACUGCGGCGGCGGCGGCGGCCGUGGCUGCAGCCGAGGCGGAAGCGGCGGCCUUUGCGCAGGCGCUUGUUGACACUGCCGCUGCGGCCGUGUAUGGAUACGUGGUGAACGCAACGGCACGCUUAAAUGCCAGCAGCGGAAGUGCAUCAAACGCCAACGCGACACCGCCGCUGUCAUUGCUGUCGCCGCCGCCGCCUCCGUCGCUGAUCCCAGACUCAUGUGUGCCGACGUGGGUUGGCAAUGUAGCCGUCGAGGGCACGGGCCCUGUGCUGGCGUCAAGCGCCUUUAGCAUGUUUCUGGAUGGCGCCAGCGCCAGCAGCAGCAGCAACGCCGGUAGCGGCAGUAGCACCGGCCCCGGCGGCAGUAGCAACGGCAGUGCUGGCGGCGGCGCGCCGGCGGUGGCGGUGUUGGCGGCUGAUGGCGCGCUGGAACUGAAUAACAUGCAGUCGGACUCGCAGCUGCCUGUGACGAUGGCGUUCCUUGACUUUUACGGGCAACGCGUGUCGGGCGGUGUGGAGGACUCGCGUGUGGCUGUGUCUGUCACCUCCACCCCACCGGUGGUGUCGGGCCAGACGCAGCUGCUCACGGAGGCGGGCGUGGGCCACUUCACAGACCUCAAGGUCCGCGGCACGCCCGGCGCCUACAACAUCUCCUUCCGCGCGGCGGUGCGCGACCGCACCCUGCCGCCACUGGUGAUGCAGGUCCGGCUGCGGCCUUGUCUGCUGGGCGAGGUGCGCACACUGGACAACGACAAGUGCAUCCGCUGCGCCGCCGCCACCUUCUCGCUCGAUCCCACCAACACCUCCUGCGACCUGUGCCCGAACAACGCCGACUGCCCCAUGGCCGGACAGGGCCGCGUGCUGCUGCCCGAGGACGGCUACUGGCACAGCAGCCCCUACUCGCCGCAGGUGCACUACUGCCCCUGGUCCGAGGCGUGCUCCUACGGCAACCGCUCCGCACGCCUGCUGGCCUUCCAGAUGGCCCUGCCGCGCCUGCCCGUCAUCAACGCCAGCAGCAGCCUGUUCAGGCUCCCGCCCGAGGCACUCGCGUACCUGAACAGCGUGCGGCGGGCCGGCGGCGGCGCCAAUGGCAGUGGCGGCGGCGGCGGCGGCGACGGCUGGCAGUGGGCUCUGGGCGGCGACUGGGAUGCGGGCGUGUGGGUGCUGCGGGCCUUCAACGCCACUUCGGGGUAUUCGGACAUCCAGUGCGCGCCCAACUACGGAGGCAACCUGUGUGGGCGCUGCAACAAGGGCUAUGGCCGCACCGACUUCGGCUCCUGCAUCAAGUGUCAGCCGGCGGCGCUCAACCACUUCCUGUACGGCCUCAAGAUCGGUCUGACCGUGUUCAUGAUCUUCAUCAGCGUCUACUCCAUCCAGACCGACCUGCGAGAGGUUCGGCAGCUGUGGACGCUGCAGCGGCUGAACGAGUCUAUGCUUCAAGAUAACAAAGACGGCAAGGACAGCGGCCUUGAUGACGCACACAGCAAGGACAACACACACCGCACCGACACCAGGACAGUCAGCGGCGCGCCUGGCAGCAGCUGCAACGGCGACGGCACUGGCAACGGUGGCGACGGCGGAGGCGGGGGCGGGGGCGGUGGAGGAGCGGGCGGCGGUGGGGACCAGGGCGGUGGCGGUGGCGGAGGCGCAGCAGCAGGCCUGGCGGUGUUGUCGAGCGGCGCCGCUGGCGGCGAUGGGCAGUGCAAUCCGCUUGAGAGCGGCCCGUUGUUCGUGUUGGUGGAGGAGGAGGACGCGGCCGCCGCGGCGGCGGGCGGCCCGGAGCAGCGCGUCUUGCUGGACACUGCGGCGCCAUCCGCCACCGCCAGCGCCGGCGCUGUGGCCGGUGCCGCUGCGGCGCCAUCCGCCACCGCCGCCGCCGCCGGCGCUGUGGCCGGUGCCGCUGCGGCGCCAGCCGCCGCCGCCGCCGCCGCCGGCGCUGUGGCCGGUGCCGCUGCGGCGCCAGCCGCCGCCGGCGCCGCCGCCGGCGCUGUGGCCGGUGCCGCUGCGGCCGCAGCCGGCAUCGCAGCAGCGCGGCUGCCGACACGGCCGCAGAGCCCGCGCCUGCUACUGGACACCAUGGACGACGAGGAGGGCGCCCAACACAGGCGGGUCGGGGAGGCGGAAGCAGAAGCAGACGCGAGCUCUGCCGACGCGCCUCAGCGCUCCAGCCGGCCCGCCGAGUCGUUUCGGCUGAUGCGGCUUCAGGGGCCCAGCGCCGCCGAGCCGCAGGGCUCAGGGCCCGUCACCUCCCCAUCACGUAACGGCAACCACCUGUUCUUGGGGCCCUCAGCUGUCACCGUUGACGGCGUGGCCGACGGCUUGCCCUGCGGCAGCGACGGCAGUGACGGCGACGCCGCCAGUGUGUUUGAGCUGCCGCCGGUGGACACGCCUGGAGGCGUGGGCCGUGGCGACGGCGGCGGCGGGCGGCGCGUCGCGCCGUGGCUGCUCGACACGCCCAGCCAGGCAUCUAUCUGCUCUCUGGCGGCAGGCAUGCCGUCGUUCCAAACCGCCUCGGCCGCCGGCCUGCCGCCCGCUGCCGUGGUGGGCGCGGAGUCAGGGCUUCUUGCCGGCGGCGCCGGCCGCGGCGGCGGCGCCGGCGGCGGUGGCCGUGGCGGCGGCGUCGCCAUCGGCAUCCGGUCGUACAGCCUGGGUCGUUGCGGCAGCCCUGACGGCGCUGACUCUGUGGCCGGAGCCGAGGCCGCCCCAGCCACCGGCUCCUCUGCAGGUCUGCUCGUGACACUGCCGUGGCGCCAGUCGGAGGGCAGCGAGCGCAGCCCGGGCGGCUUCGGCGGCGCGCAGCCCCGGCUCGUGCCGGCCACGUCGCGACUGCUGGCGGCGAGGGCGGCCGACGCGGCGGCGAGCCCGCCGGCCGCUGACAGCGGUGGGCGCCUUGCCGGCGGCACCAGCCGCCGCGCUCUGGUGCGGUUUGCCAGCUCGGGCCACAGAGCGGAGAGGGCGGCGGCCGCCGCCGCCGCCGCGGCGGCGGCGACGGCGGUUACGUACCGGGCCGGCGGCGGCGGCGGCGGUGUUGGGGCUGGUGGCGGCGGCUCGAGCCGGCUCUCGCGCGCCAUGUCCGCCGCCAGCGUCUGCAGGAGCCGCAGCACCGAAGAGCUGCUGGAGCCGCGGGCGGAGGCCCUGACGGCGGCACCGCCGGGUAUGCAUUCGCAGGUGGAAGAUCUUGGGCGGCUGCGGCUGGCUGGCGGCAAUGUGGGAGGGACGAUUGUGGAGGACGCCGACGAGGAGGCGGGCCUGCCCGCCUGCGCCGCUGCAGAAGGCGACAUCGCCACAGCCGCCGCCGCCGCCGCCACUGCCGGGCCCCGCCGUACGCUGAUGCGCUUCUACAGCAGCGGCCGCCGUGCGGAGCGGGCGGCGGCGGCCGCGGAGGCGUUCAUGCACCAUUUGGACGCUCUUGGCGCCAAUGGCGGCGGCGGUGACGGCGGUGGUACCGUCGGUUUGCGCCGCUCAGCGCGCCUCGCCCGCGGCACGUCCGCCGCCGGCGUUGAGGUCAACGCCAGCGGCUGGGUCGGCGAAAUGGUGGCGCCUGAUGGGGAGCCGCGAGCCGCCGCCACAGCCGCGAUGGCCGGCGGCCAGCUGGCGGCGCUCGGUGGCGGCGGGGGUGUGGCAGCACGUGUGCACACGGGCAGCGGGGAACGGUUGCAGCUGCUGCCGCGCGGCCUUGGCGCAGUUUUGGCGGAGACACGGGCGGCAGGGAUGCUGCAGCGUGCCUACUCAGCUGGCCGGGUCGAGCCCAGCACCAGCGGCGGCAUGGAUGCAGCGACGGGGCACGGGGCCACAGCUGGCUCUGUAUAUGGCGCUGUGCGGCUAGUCGGCGGCGCUGAUGCAGGGUUGGAAGUCAGAGCCGCGGAUGCAGCCGGUGUGGCGGCCGCAGCUGGGGCCCUGGAGGACCCCGGUUGCCCCAUACGCCACUUGCCGCGCUCGCUCGAGCUGGGCGCCGCGGAAUGGGCUGCUGCGGCAGAGGAGGACGGAGCUGGCCCGGCGCCGCCGUCCUCCGACAGCAGCACCGGCCGGGGGCUGCCGCGCCGGUCGCGCGUGUCUGACCCGGCUGCUGCUGCCGGCGGCAGCAGCAGCAGCACCGGCCGCGGUGGCCGCGGCAGCGGCGACGUGCCUGAGCAACAUGCCUACUACGGCCAUCCCCCGAACAGCGGCAGUAGCACCAACGCCAUGCGACCAGGCACGCCGACGUUCUCUAGAAGCUAUACCGGCACGCACACGCCAUUGACCACCCAGCAGUCACUGACGCCAGACUCGUGUCCGGACACGGAGACGGCUGUAGCAGCAGGCGCGCCGGGGGCAGUGGCGGCUGUAGCACGCGCGGCCGGUGGCGGUGGUGGUAUUGGCAACCUGGCUUCCUUGUCGACCGGCGCCAGUCUCCUUGCAGAUGGCCCGUCCAUUGGGGACCAGUCCUUCGCUAGUUCAACAGCGGCGGCAGGUGCAGGGCCGGGAGGAGUGGCGGCGGUAGCCGCCGCAGCCAACGCUGUAGCAGCUGCGGCGGCGGGCACAGGCCGAGUGGCGGCGGAGCCGCACAUCGUCUACCUCGACGGCGGCGGUGGCGGCGGCGGCGGCUUGCAACCGGCUCUUGCUACAGCUUCUGUCGAAGUCGGAGUUAGAACCGGAGCUGCCAGCAGAGAAUUCGCUGGGGCCGCAGCCGGGGCCGAUGCCAGCAGCCGCUUCAUCCGCCGCAGCAAUGCGCCACGCGCACUGCUUACGCCGCCGCCGCGGCCGCCGCCAGGCGUGGCGCAGGCCGCCGCCGCCGCCGGUAACGGCGAUGUUGAUGAUGACGCCGUGGCCUUUAUCUGCAGCGAUGCUGAGGAGGAGGGAGGAGAGCAAGGACACAUGGUAGGCAUGCAGGGACACGAGCGGCUGAUGCAGCAGCAGCAGCAGCAGCAGCAGCAGCAGCAGCAGCAGCAGCAGCAGCAGCAGCAGCAGCGGUGGCAGCGGCCGGGCGAUGUGUUUGCUGAGCCGCUGUUGUUAAGCUCGGGGGCGGGGCUGCUGGCAGAGACGCCCACGACGUCGGCUCGGCAGCCGCGUGCACCCGACUCGAGCCACUUCCUUUCCUCCUCUGGCGGCACCAACGCCACGUCACCCCGGCAGGAGGGCGGCCCAGCGGCUGGUGGCACCGGCGGCGUGCCGUUGCGCGCGCCUUGGGAGGUGCUUGCCGAUGACCGGCCGGCUGCCGUCCCUGCUGCCUGCGCUGCUGUUGUUGGUGGUGCUGCUGCUGGUGGUGUUGGGGCUGCUCGUGUGUCGGUGGCGCAGCCGGUGCCGGCGGCGGCUUCCGGCGAGAUGUCUCGCGAGCUGAUGCUGUGGCAUCAGCAGCUGCAGCUGGAGCAACAGCAGCAGCAGCAGCAGCAGCAGCAGCAGCAGCAGCAGCAGCUGGAGCUGGAGCAGCAGCAGCAGCAGCAGCAGCAACAACAACAGCUGCAGCAGCAGUGGAGCGUCGCGGCGGAGCAGUCGGCACCGGACCACGACCUGACACGGGGGCCCGAGCGCCCGUCACCGCCAGCACGCCGCAAGCGCCCGGCUGCUCAGAUCUACGGCGUCCUUCUCAAGGGGUCGGCGGACGACAAGAAUGAAACACAAGCGAGCGACACCGGCGGGGGCCACGCCUACGCCGCCGCUGGCAGCAGGAGCACAGGCGGCGGCGCCGCCGCCUUGAGCUCGGGGCGCGGCCCUGUCAUUCACAGUGAGGGCGGCAGGCGCCAGCUUCCCGACCACUCGCAUGGGGCACCGCCCGUGCCCGUCCGCGCCCAGACCCUGGCCGCCACGACGGCAGCAGCACCAGCACCGGCACCACCCGCACCAACAGCUUGGUCGCCCCGGUCAGCUGCGGCCGCACCAGCACCAGCAACAGCAGCAACAGCAGCAGCAGCGUCAGCAUCAGCCAGCACCGCCGGCACGCCGCGAAGGCUCUUCGUCCCGGCGGCGCCCGCGGCGGAGCCGUUCUCGGCCGCUGCGGCCGGUCCUACCACCACCACCAGCACCACCAGCACAACCACCACCACCACCACCACCAGUAACGGCACCGCACCGGGCCAACCCUUCCUCAGCCUGUCCACCAUUCUCGCGCGUUCUCCCUCGCUGAGCCCCGGCGCACAUGGCGCCGCCGCAUCGACAGGCGCUGCAGCUGCCCCGCCCUCGAGGCUGCUGCUGGCGGCGACGCCCGCGGCAGGCAUGCCAGGCCUGAGCCCGGAGGGCCGCGCUUCUGCCGGUGGCGGUGGCGGCGGCGGUGGCAAUAGCGGUGGCGGCGGCGGUGGCAGUAGCGGCGGCGGCGGCAGCAGCAGUCUGCCGGAGCGCCUGCGCGCAACACUGCACACGCUGUCGUCGCUCCGCGAGGGCAUUGGCACCAGCAGAGGCGGCGGCGGCAGGGUUGUGGUGGUGUCUCACAAUCCCCUCUUUGGAGAGGAGCAGGCAGAGGCGCCGCCGCAGCUGCAGCCGACAGGUAGGCGCGGGCGCAUGCCGGCCCCGCCCGCGGCGCCCCUGCCGCCGGCGCCCGCGCCGCCACCGGUGGCAGUGCCCGCUCCCGCGCCCGCGCCCGCCGCCGCCAGCGCUUCGGCCUGGCCGCUGGCGAUUCUGACCAGCGCACGCACACAGCUGAACGCCGCCGUAGCCGCCGUCACCGCCGUCACCGGCGCCCGCAACACUGCCAGUAACGGCAACGGGGGAGGAGGAGGAGGCGCUCUGCCUCCGCUGCUGGGCCGUGCUGGCGAGACUGGAGCUUCCACGCUUCCCGCGUCUACCGCGGCCCAAGACGGCAGUAGCCGCAUUCUGCAGCCAGCUACUGCCGAUGCCACUGCCGGUGCUACUGCCACCGCCAGCGCUGCUGCGGCAUCCACGGACGCCACAGCAGGCGGCGGCCCGCAAGGCGGUCGUGUCAUGCGGGCCCCGCCGCCGCCGCCACUGCGCAUGCCCACCCUGGAACACAGCGGCAACGGCAGCAGCCGGCGCGGCAGCGUCCGCGCCAGCAGCCCCGGCAGCGGCCUCAGCGGCCUCAGCGGGCUCGCAUCGCCUGCAGCCCUGUCGCGCUCUCAGUCUCCAGGAGGCGCGAUGGCGGCGGCAGCGGCCGCGGCUCCAGUGCCGUCGCCGACGGGGUCGAGGCGCCGCGUGUCGUUCCGCCUGCGCCCUGCUUCCCCGGCAGCCGCCGACUCAGGCGCCCACGCCAACGCUGGGCAGCAGUCUGCAGAGGGCGCCGCCGCUGCUACUGCUGCUACUGCUGCAACUGCUGCUACUGCUGCUGACGUCGGCUCGAGCCGGCGCAUGCCGCCGCCGCUGCCGCCGCUACCGCCGUCGCUUUCCCUUUCACGCAAGGCCGGCUCCCGCCGCCAAUCCUCCACCACCGCUGUCGGCGACGGCGGCGCCGCCGCUGUAAGGCCGCCGUCGCCGUCGUCGCCGCCCGCGGAGGUGCGCCGCGGCUUCCGACGGCCGCCGCCCCUCCAGAAGGUCCCCUCCUCCUCCGUCACCCCCUCCUCAGGCCCCUCGCCGGCAGGCGGCGCCCGCACGCCGCCGCCGCCGCCGCGCGCGCGCAGCGCCCACCGCGCCGACAGCAUGCGGCGUGGGCAGCAGCAGCAGCAGCCGGGCGACCAGCGGCGGUCACAUGCGUCGCAGCUACAGCCGCCGGAGCAGCCGCAGAAGCGGCGCCGCAGCCGGGAGCCGCUGCCGGGCCAGAGCCCGCCGGCGUUGGGCGCGGUAGGGCCUUCGCCCCGGCGCUUUGACAGCGCCUCCCUGAAGACGCCGGGCGGCGGCCCCGCCGCCAUCGGCGGCGGCGGCGGCCACGUCAGGCUGCUGUCGCCGGCCCGGAGCGUGCGGCGCAAGCCAGGCUGCGUGCCGACGUACAGCACUGUCAUCAAGAUCUUUGUGUCGUACACACAGGUGCUGUCCAUCACGCGCAAGGUUUCGCUGCAGUGGCCGGCGGCGGUGCGCGAGUUCCUCGCGGUCACGAACAGCCUGUCCUACUCGGUGUCGUCCUUCAUCUCGCUGGACUGCUCCCUCGACCACACCUCCGCAGUGCCGGUGUCGGUGCAGCGCACCAUCAUCUCGCUGUCGGUGCCGCUGAUGCUGGCGCUGCUGGCGUGGCUGCUGUGGACGGCGCUGUACUUCCGUCUGAAGGCCCGCAAGGCCGUUGUGCCCAGUUACGGCCGCUACAUGAACACGCGCUUCGUCAUCACCCUCAUCGUCAUCACCUUCUACUGCUACCCCGGCGUCACCGACAUGCUGCUCUCCAUCUUCUCCUGCCCGCGACUCGACACCGGCGGCGCAGCCACGCCGUACGGCGCCGCGGCACGUGCCGUGGGCACGUUCUGGGCUGAGGACUACGACCUGGAGUGUUUCAAGGGCGUGCACAACUUCCUGGCGAUGGCUCUGGCGCUGCCGCUGGUGGUGGUGUUCAGUCUGGGCGUGCCGGCAGCCAGCGCGUUGUUCCUGUGGUACAACAGGGACAGGCUGGAGAACGACCCGGCCUUUGCUGCCAAGUACGGAUUCGUGUUCGGCGAGUACCGGCCGCAGUACUUCUACUGGGAGUCCAUCAUCAUGCUGCGCAAGCUGGUCAUGGUGGUGGUGAUUGUGUAUGUGGGAUACAUCGGCGUGGGCGUGCAGGUGCUGGUGGCCCUGGGCGUGCUGAUGCUGGCCACUGUGAUGCAGCUGCUGUGCCGGCCCUUCCGCGAGCCCGCCAUGAACGACCUGGAGCGGCUCAGCCUCUACUCCACCUGCUCCACACUCUACCUCUCGCUGUUCCUGUACGUGGAGGGCGUGUCGGAGGCCGGCCGCAUAGUGUUGAGCUGCAUGCUGUUGGGCGGCAACAGUCUGGUGGCCGCCUUCUUCACCUACUGCCUUGGCCGGGAGGUGCGGCGGCACACCAUCGCCGAGUACGACAUGGACGGAGACGGCAGGCUGAGCUGGGCCGAGUGGGAGGUGAUGGUGCUGACCAAGCUCGGGGAGAACUGGUUCGGGCACGGGGUGUUGGGUCUGGCGCGGGCUGUGCGUGCCGGCGUGCAUCUGGCGCGGCGCGUGCUGGGCCGCUCGGUGCGCAGCAGCGCCCGCGCCGUGGCCCGUGUGGCGUCUGGCAGGCCGCUCUUCCCACAAGACAGCUCCCGCGGCUCGCGGGGCUUUGGCGGCGACGCCUCCCUCGCCAGCACCUCACGCACAUCAGUCUUGCGCCGAGCCUCCACGCGCUCCUCCACCACCACCACCACCACCACCACCGCCACCGCCACCAGCAGCGGCGGCGCGUCCCGCGCCAGGCACUCGCUGCUGCUGCAUCACCAGCAGCCGUCGCCGUCAGCCGCCUCGGCGCGCACAGCGGUGGUAACGACCGCGCCGAGCCACAGCAGCAGCGCCGGAGGCGGCGGCGGCGGUGGCGGCAGCAGCCUCCGGCUCUCAGGGCUCCUGCCGUUCCGCGUCAGUGGGCUGAGCGGCAGGGAGCAGAAGCCGCAGCCUCUAGCGCAGCCGCCCGCGCCACAAAGCGGUGACUCGUCACAGCAGCAGCAGCCACAGCCGCUGUUGCGGACAGCAACCCCACCGCCGGCUGCCAGCACUGGCAGCGUAGCCAGCGGGAGUGGCAUGAGCAGCCGCGCGGCGAGCGGGCGGCCGGGGGUGCCGCGGGAGCCGGUGUGAUGAUAGGAGUUGUAGCCGUGAAGGGAGUGUUGGCGAGGGUGGAGCUACCCUCUUGGGGCCACACGAAACCCUGCAGAUCUCGCAAGGAGGAACAGAGCUGCUUGGGCUUCGUGGCCAGCACGUUUUGUUGUGCUUGCGGCAUUGGGUUUUGUGCGGUUCAAGGACCGGACUUCUCGAGCGGGAAGCAGGGGGCGGCGGGUCUGCCUGUUAGGCACGGAUUUUGAUUGCGGCGCGUGGGGGUCCACGCGACCGGUGAAUGCGUUGGUACAAGCUGUGAAUAUGGGGGAGGGAGUACAGGCGCGCUUUUGCAGUAGGACGGUUAACCGUUUCGGACGAACUGGAUAUGAUUGUGUGGGCUGUGUUGAGCGGGUUUGUGUUUUGGUGUCACGCUUGCGAUCAUGGGAGGCUGAAGCAAUGCGGCACAGUCCAUGAGAUUGAAAUGAUUGUGGGCAUUCCCUCGUUGAUUUGUGGGGAAGGUUAUGAGCUCAAGGAAAAAGGUGGCAUUUGAAAGGCGAAGUUUUGUGGGACAGGUCCGGACAGUCCGCAGCAGUGGACAAGGGACAAAACCCGCUUCUCCCCAACGGAACAACUGCUUAAUUUUAACUCACCAUGUGCUUGUGGGAGUACGCUUCGUUAACCUGCUGAACCCUGUCCUGAAAAUCAUGGCGUGUGCGAAUGUCGUCGUGCCAAUGCUGUUGCUUCUUGCCGUGCUUGUUCACAGCAACUCCUGCGGGGCCCCACUUGUGACGGCGGUCCUUAGGUGUGUACAAUGUCCCGGCGUUGCGGUUGCAGCCGCUGCCUAUUGUUCUUCUUGUUGCAUACAUGCAUGUAAUCAGAACCUUUUGGUACAUAUGAUAUCGACGAACACUAAUGCCACUGGGCGUUUCAUGCAUCCAAUUUGUUCGUUUUGCCGCAACGCCGCCCCCAGUGUGCUUGACACUGGUGUGGAAGACUAGUGAGAAGGGAGAAGGGAGGUAAAGCGAGAAGGCGGAAGGAGGAGAAGCGGGCCCCAGGACUAGAGUUUGUAGUAGCGCGCUGCGGUUUGGUACCGUUGUUUGGCGUCUUAUGCAAUCAUGCGGGUGGGAAUUUCCAGUGUAUAUGUGCUGUCACGAUGUGCGUUUUUUGUGCCAUGCAGAGUGUGGCCUGGGCGAGGCUGGGAUUGUGAUAGGAUGCGCGAGCAUGUUGGGGUCAGGUGGGGUUUCCCCGCAUGGGAUUCGGAGUCAAUGGAAAUGGCGCGCAGCUAGCUGCAAUGGAUUAGGUGGAUUCAUCAUGCAAGGCAAUAAUGUUUGGAGUGCGAUGUCGGAAGCAAACAGAACGUGCGGGCACCGCUUGGUGCGUUCAAUUGUUGGGGUGCUUGAUGACCCAGCUUGAGGGACUGCUGUUGCUUGAAAAGGACUUGCUGCUUCUUCCGGCAAGCAAGGGCCAGGACAAGGGGCGCGUGUGAUGCAAUGUGAGGACACUGGGGUGGAGGUCGGGUGCGGGCGAACCUGCGACAGACUUGCCAGGGAGUACAAGCAUUGGGGGGCCAGAGCUGAACAAGCUGAGAGGGAGGAGGUGAGGGAGGAGGAGGCGAGGGAGGAGGCGAGAGGACGGGGGGAGGAGGCGAACAGGGCAGAACAAGCGGCAACGGAGAUGGCGCACAGUGGUGCUUGCGAUGUCUGUGGGUAGUGACUGUCAAGCUGACAGAUUAGAACAGAGUGCGCGGUAGGACAGGUUGGCCCAGAGUUGGCUGACCUUUCUCGUUUGUUUGCAUGCGUUUAAGAACCUUUGGCCUGUGGGCGACAACGCCCGUGCGACGGCCCAAGCUUGCAGGACAGUAGUGCCUGCGACACAACCUAACGCAAUUGAUUGUCGGCGGAUUCGGGGCUGCUGCCCUAUCUAAUGUCCUACUCAUCUGAGCCUUGUGCAAGUGUAUGCGGUGAGCGUGGCGUGUUACUUGCAAAACGUAUGCUAGGCCUCACGACUAGGCCUAGACCAAAGGCAUUCUUGUUGCUGAGCGUGCGAAGGCUGCGAUGGCGAACGCCGCGCGUGCCCCGAGUCUGUCUGCGAGUGACUGUCCGUGGGCCAGCGCGGGCGAGGGCUGUAAGAGAGAAAAAUG